GCACUGUGCAGUCCGUCAGUGGCCAUUAACUCCAAGCUCCAGCGUGAUUCCUCCUGUCAUACACUCCAUUGAAAGUUUUCAACCCGAGAAACUGCGACCUGUCGAAGCAAAAUGUCUGCAGUAAUCCGGAGGAUUAUCAAUACUGCCGCUGCUCCGGCUGCGAUCGGACCUUACAGCCAGGCCGUGGUGGUGGAUCGCACUAUGUACAUCUCGGGGCAGCUGGGAAUGGACACAGUAUCAGGUCAGUUAGUAGCAGGAGGUGUCCAGGCCCAGGCUAAACAGGCCCUGAUUAACAUGGGGGAGAUUCUGAAAGCAGCUGGUUGUGGAUAUGGAAAUGUUGUUAAGACCACUGUGCUCUUGGCAGACAUGAAUGACUUCAACAACGUCAAUGAUGUUUAUAAGCAGUUCUUCAGCAGCAAUUUCCCAGCUAGAGCUGCUUAUCAAGUUGCUGCUCUGCCUCGAGGUGGCCUUGUUGAGAUCGAGGCAAUCGCCGUGUUGGGACCCAUAACAGACGCAUCCUGACUAAGUGCCGCAAACACGCCCAAAUUGUAAAGCUAGAAUUGGACUGGAACCAGAUCCGUGUCAGCCUUCACCCUAACCUGCCUUUAUAGUUUCUACACAGCAGUACUGCAAUACGCUACUGACUUUAUAACUCAUUGUGAACUUGUUGAGUUGAUGUUUAAUUUUUUUUUCCUAUUUGUACUUUCCAUGAUUUGACUCUGUGUCUCUACAUCAGCUUUAUCUAUUCCAUUUCCUACACUAUUAUUAUAAUAAUAAUAAUAAUAAUAAUAAUAAUAAUAAUAAUAAUAAUAAUAAUAAUAAUAAUACACAGGAAUAAAUUGUAACCUGGUUUUGUAACCUGGUGAAAUCACACAGAAAAUGUUCAGUUUCAUUGAGCUUGACAUGGCCACUGGGGUUGCCAGAUUGUGCCUUCCAAAUUGGGUUAUUCUCAAGUUCUAAUAUAUAUAUAUAUAAAUA